AUGUCAAUAAACCUAAAGAAAUUGGAAUCUGGAAUCCCAAUGGAGUUGUGGUACGGCUCUGAAUUCGAAGACUACACCAAGAAUCGACUCCCCAAACUAGAACCGUUGGAAGAGGCCCGUUCGGUUGAAGACUCCUUCAUGGAUGCAACAGAUCGCAAGCGUAUUCGACAGAAAAAGCCAUUGAUCGAUGUCGAGCUCAUCGGAGCAUCGAACUACAGGGAUUGGGACGCUCAAUUCCGGAAUUGGCUUGAUAAACAGGACCAGUGUGCUAGGCACUUUGAAGGUGGGUUGAUCUCAGAGAAACACAUUGAUCCCUCGGUCAUGCAACACUACAAGCACUAUGACGUGGAAGGUUUUCAAGAGCUUGUUCGUGAUAUCGACUUGGCACUCGUGGCUUUCUUGACCACAAGCUUGUCUAAGGAACACUUUCCUCAAGAGUGCAAGCUGAGACAAAAGUACCACAAGUUGAGAAACCAGAUCGACGAGCACUGCUUGAUGAGAGCUGUAACAUACUGGCCCAAAAAGGACCGUGGUCAAAUGUGGAUUGAUACCACUAUUGACGAAGCGCUCCCCACGCCAUAUUCGAAACAUACUUUCCUCUGGAGCACCUGGCACGAUUAUCACAUUGUCAACGACAAAAGGCUAUUUUGGUGGUUCAGGGAGACCGAUCCGGAGAAAGAGGCUUCAGAGGGCAGACCGGGCGUCUGUGGAAUUGGAGCUAUCAAGGUGAGAUUUGACACAGGCUCACCGUUCAUCCUUCCUAACGUGGCCUAUGUUCCUGGAUCAGAUCUUAUCUACUCUGAGAUGGCAGCGAGAAGUGUUGGUCGUUCGAUUACACUCACAUCAAAUCUCAGCUGGAAUCGUCGUCAAGUCGGUCGGAUUUCUCCACGUCCCCAGUUAGAUCUAGGGAUCCUCAGCAUGGACUUCUUACCUGUGGAAACAGCGAUCUGUAAGAUUGAGGCGCAACUUGAAAGUUUGAAAGCUGAGGAAAGGAAGGCGUCGAUCGGGGUGAAGACUGAUGACUCUGAAGAUAUGGGGAAGAAGAGGGAAAAGACAUCUAAGAAGCCCGUGAAGAAAGUUGCACCUAAAACCGAGGAGACUGACGGCGUGAAACAAGAAGAUGACGAAGAUGAGGAACAAGAGGAGGAUGGUGACAAUGGCGAAGAGGAGGAAGAUGAUGACGAAGACGAUGAACAUGAUGAAGACGAUGAAGAAUGGCCCAUCGCUCAACAGCUCACCCCACUCCUUAUCACGGAGCUCACUACCAAGUACAACAUCCCAGAUGACGCCAAGGAUGUCGCUGAGUACAUCAUCAUGUUGAUUGGAAACGGCCGUCCAGCUAACGAGAUUGUUGCUGAGACCAAGGAGAUCGUCAGCAUCCCUAUCGACGAGACCUUCAUUGGUACCGUCUUCGCUGAGAUCGGUCGUCUCGAGACCCUUGCCUCUCAGAGCCAGGAGGACACCUCCAUGGCCGUUGAGGAGAAGAAGCCCCGUGGUAGAAACGUCAAGUUCCAGAAGGGCGUUGAGGCACGUGGCAAGUUUGGUGCCCUCACCAAGCCCCGUGUCACCAGAGCUGGUAUCACCAAGGGUGCUAUUGGCAAGCCCGCUGUUGGCAAGGCCAGCAAGGACUUUGUCGCCAAGAGCCACGGCAGAAAGGAGAUCCCAACCAAGCCAAAGGGCCAGCACAUCCAGGAGAAGAAACUCUUGGAGCAGAUCCAGCAGCACAUGCCUUCUCUUUUGGCUAACCACGGUCCAGAGGUGGAGAGCUGUAAGUAUGGACAUGUCUGCUCCAAGGAGAUGUGCCCAUUUGGUCACCCUACCCCAGCGAACAAGGACGCCAGGAACACUACCCCAAGAUGGUGCAAAUUCAACAAGAAGUGUACCAACAAGAACUGUGUUUACGCUCACUCUUCGCCAAACUACCUGAACCAGUACACUCCAGCCAAGAGACAGGCCACCACCUUGGAGCAGUGUAAGUUCAACAACUCCUGUACCAACAAGGGAUGUCACAGACGUCACGCCACCUCUCUCGUGGCUUGCCAGCGUGGUAACGACUGUAAGUUGCCAUUCUGCACCUACAACCACAUCAUCGAUGAGGAGUGUCGUCACAAGAACGAGUGUGCUAACAAGGUUUGCUAUUUCAAGCACCCUGACGCCAGAGAGGUUGGUUUCCUCAAACAGAACACCGGUGGCUCCGAGCCAACCAACGAACGUGCUUUUGCCGUUCCCGAGGACCAAGUUAUGGAGCAGGCUGUUCAGUAA